CUGCAAACACGGAAAUACACAGUGAGAUAAGCAGCUCGUCCGCGUAGUUAUAUUCCACCUUUUAUUGCAAUCAAUUUAAGCACCAGUUAAUAAAAGCAGACAUUGCUCGUAAAGCACAUAACCAGGUAGACUGUUAGAGGUUUUUUCUCUCCUUCUAUGGAUUUAAUGCAGCUUCUGUCAUGGGCCUGCAUCGUAUUUACAGUCGGGAUGUUCUCGACUGGACUGACCGACCUGAAGAAGAUGAGAGAAACCAGGAGUGCAGAUAACAUCCAGUUUCUACCUUUCCUCUUCACAUGUCUUAAUAACCUUGGCUGGUUUUAUUAUGGGAUGCUGAAGAAAGAUCAGACGAUUGUCUUUGUCAACGUUGUCGGAGCUCUUCUCCAGAUCCUGUACAUUAUCGUGUACCUUCACUACACAAAGCAAAAGAGGCUGGUGACGUCCCAGACUGUAGCAGCAGGGACGAUGCUGGCGUGUGGUUGGUUCUACUUCACCACGUUUCUAACUGAAGGAGACACUCGGCUCAGCCAGCUCGGCCUCGCCUGCAGCGUGAUCACAGUCAGCAUGUACCUGUCCCCACUUACCGACCUGGUAGAGAUAGUGCGUAGUGGUGAUGUGCAGCGCUUGUCCCUCCCUCUGACUGUAGCCACAUUCUUCACUUCAACCUCCUGGGUCCUGUACGGCCUCCAGCUAAACGACCAAUAUAUUGUGGUUCCAAACACACCUGGGAUCUUCACCAGCCUCAUCAGAUUAUAUCUGUUUUGGAGAUUUGCGGCUGUCAGUCAAAGCUCACCUGCCUAUAGUUCUAUGUAGAGAAGAGAAAUGAGGGGGGAAGUAAUAAAAAACGAAAAAGAUCUGUUGACUUCAUGAAGGGCUGCAGCAAAGACCCUUGCCGUCACCUGUCUUGUAUUUUAAUCAUACAGAGAGACAGCAGAGAGAGAUAAACUGUUAAUGGGUGAAUCACUGUUGAAGGGGGGACCGUGUUGUGGGGUUGUUACCUUCUCGGGGAGGCGAACACAAAUAAUGUGUUGUUUGGUUCAACAGUUUUUUGUCUGCAACUACUUGUUAAACACGUCUUCUUCUUUGUGUCCUUUAAGUGCCUAAUGUGAGAUCUUGUUGUCAUUAAAGAUAAAUGGCAUUUACUGAUCUUCCAACUUGCCAGGAGACUUCAAUCUGUUCACAAUCCGGUGAAUGUGAUUGACUCACCUCCUACAAGCCAAAGAUGUUGUGGAGUUUAAACUUGCUGGCUGCUAUUUAAAUAUCACAUAUUGUGCUCUGUUCCCUGGUACUCGUGUAUGGAAUAAUAUAGUAUAUCAAUAUUAUUCCCUGUUGAUGCAAUGAUGGUUUCAUAUCCUUUUGGAGUCUCGCUUUUGUAUCACGGUGCAGACAAAAAUAGAGUCAUAUCAGUAGCAGUCAGUUACGUUAGUUUUUUCUAUUAUAUAUUUUAUGUCUUUUUGCUACAUAAUGUGUAUGUUAGAUUGUGUCCACGAUAAAAUAUUCUCUACUUUUAUUGUUAAUGCUAUUUUUAUAAGCUAUUUGUAUAUGAGAUUAAAAAUAAAAAUGACAACAUAGGGGUUGUUUACAAGAAUGAGUAAUGUUUAUUUCUCUGGUGGCUGGUUUUCAUGGGUAAUGGAGUCUUGCUUGUCUCCUCAUUAUAAAUUGUAAUAUGGAUAUGUUAUGCAAAUGAAACAGCCGGGUGUCAACAAUUCACAUACUUAAAAAAUGUGUAAGAACUUUAAAGGUGCCAUGUAAAUACAUUUUUACAAAAACUGUCAA